AUGGUGAAGAUGCCGAAAACCAUUAGGACAUAUUGUCCUAAGCUGAAGACCCACACAGUCCACAAAGUCACCCAAUACAAGAAAGGGAAAGAAUCCAGCUUAGCUCAAGGCAGAAGAAGAUACGAUGCCAAGCAAAAAGGUUACGGUGGUCAGACCAAGCCUAUUUUCAGAAAGAAAGCCAAAACUACAAAGAAAGUCGUUCUCAGACUUGAGUGCACCAAAUCAAAAGUCAGAAGGCUAAAAGUUAUCAAGAGAUGCAAGACUUUCAUAAUCGAGGAAAAGAAAAAGAAAUAA